AUGGAGGAAGAAAAGGCUAGAGAGUAUCAAGAUUUAGUGAAAUUAUUUAGCAAGGUUGAAGUGAAUGUGUCAUUGCUAACCAUGAUCAAACAAAUUCCAAAAUAUGCUAAAUUCCUCAAGGAUCUUUGUGUGCACAAAAAGAAAUUGAAGGGAAAUGAAUUGAUAAGUAUGGGGAAGAAUGUCUCAGCAUUACUUCAGCCAGUUCCUCAGAAAUGUGAAGAUCUAGAAGUUUUCACAGUUCCUUGUGUUAUAGGAGAUUGUAUUUUUGAGGAUGCAAUGUUAGAUCUUGGAGCUUCGAUUAAUGUGAUGCCUAAGUCAGUUUUUCAGUCAUUAAGAAUUGGGUCUUUGCAACCUACAGGUGUGGUGAUUCACUUAGCUAACCGAAGUCAAGCACACCCAGCUGGAGUGAUAGAAGAUGUGUUGGUAAAAGUAAGGGAGUUAAUUUUUCCUACAGAUUUUUACGUCUUAGAUAUGGAGGGUGAUGUGCUUGCAAACAGGUCACCACUUAUUCUUGGGCGUCCAUGCUUGAAAACAGCUAGAACCAAGAUUGAUGUAUAUGCAAGAACUCUUUCCAUGGAAAUAGGAGACACAGUGGUUCAGUUUAGCAUUUUUGAGGCUAUGAAGCAUCCAAGAGAGGAUCAUUCUAUUCUUAGCUUAGACAUCUCAGAGGAGUUAGAUGGCAUGGAUUUCUUGUCAGAUAUUGAUGAAGAAGCGGAUAUUACUGAUGUUGAUCAAGGAGAAGAAUUUGUUUCAUUAUUGGAGGAUGUCGUAGAUAUGGGAGCAGAUGUCAGUUCAAAAUUAUGCGUAGGGGAUUCCUUAGGAGAAGCAUUACUCUUAGAAUCGCUCAGAGAAGAAGAAUUAUGCGUAGGGGAUUGCUUAGGAGAAACUCUACCCCUAGGAUCACCUUCUAUUGACCAGACACAUAAUGAGUUGAAGUCGUUAUCUCAGCAUUUGAAGAAUGCCUAUUUAGGAGAGAAUCAAUAG